AGCCUCUAGGGUUUAAGCGAUGGCAACUUCAACCGCCUAAGCGUUCUCUGAUUCACGAACAAAUGAACAAUCGAUCUCUUCGAUCCGGAAAACAAGUCUUUCUACGAACAAAAAACCUGCUCCAAUGUUGAAUUCCGUCGCCCACACCCUCAAAAGAAAAGCUCUAGGGAAAUUGAAAGCCUUUUUAGCGAGAUUCGACGAAGAUGAUCAUUUGGAAAGUUAUGAAGAAGAGAGUUCUAUUUACGAGCCCGAAGAAUUCAUCAUUGAUCAUACACGAUGUUCUCCCUCAUCCAGUUGUGGAAGUGUGGAUUGCGUAAUUGUUCAAAUCGGACGCGCUGAUGAUCGAGAUAGAUUCUUAGAAAGGCUUACGACACCCACCGACCCACGGGAUGGGAAAUCUUGGAGAUUUCCCAUAGAACCUUUAAGAAGUUUCAUUAUCCUUCAUUCUGUGAAAUGCAUAACCUCAGUCGUGCAUCACAUUGAUUUUUAUGAAGUUGAUAAGAUGGGUUUGACUCCACUGUGUUUGGCAACUUUGGCUUCUUGUCCUGAAUUGGUUAAAUUAUUCCUUGAAAAAGGAGCUCCAACAGAUGUUAGGCUCACAGUUAGUGUGAUGCUUCCUCUUAAUUAUUCACUCCAUUUGUUAAGCAAAUACAUGAUUUAUUUUAACGUUCUGACUCCAGAACAAUCACUUUACAAGAUGCUUAUCACUCUCUGCCUUCCACAGCUGAGAUCAAAGUUGGAAUGCGUGAGAUUGCUCGCUGAGAAGACAGAGGAACUCGGUGAAGAAAUUUAUUACUAUGCAAAGCAUGGAAGGCUUGUUGAGCUGGCUGUCUUACUUUUGGUGGCCCGGGAUAAGGUUACUUCUGCAUCAUUGGUUAAGAACUCCUCUUCAUUGAAUGAAAAGGAUUGUAGAAAUCUAGAUCAUUGCAUGUCUCUCCGGGAGUUCAUCGUUUUCGAGCUAGGACAACUGAGUGCUCUUGAAGUGAAACUGGAAUUUCAUUGUGAAAAUGGUAAGUUAUUGAGUUGCUGCAAGGAAAAACAGAAUCUGAUGAUAUCGGCACUGCUAUUGCUUGAAAUUUUUGAAAGGGCUGGCAAAACCAUCGAGAGCUAUUUAAAAACACAGAUGCCACAAGAGAAAAUUGUGCAAAUACUUGAAGAAGCGGGCUUUUAUUUGGAAGACAGGGACACUGAUAUGAGCCAUGUUGAGAGUUUCUCGUGGCCAUCAUUCUUGAUGAUGUGUAGCGUUCCUACAAUUGGAAAGCAUGCAGAAAAACCCAAUCAAUUGGCUCUUGGACUUCACGAAACUUAUAAAAAGCACAACUAUGUCUGCUCCCUUCCAACAUUAAAGUAUCAUCGGGAAUGGCUUGGUUUCCAUACUCCCCUGGGAACAGAAUUGCAUAGGCCUCUACAAUCGUCUCUCCAGACUCUGCCUAUGCCACAAGUAUGUUGCGUAUUUGGGAAUCAGGUAUAGCAGGCAAGACAUCCAACAUAUAAGCAGCCAAAGAAUAAAGAUGGUGUUUGAAGGCCACGGAUUUUGGAGAUGACUAUGAAAUCACCAGAAUGGACAUCAUUUGGGUUAGUCAAUAUUGUUUUAAGGGAUGAUGACUGGGUUGAAUGUCUUGAGAUGGUUUCUUUUGUCAGCAAAACCCUUGAGAACCACGAGAGCAUAACUCAGAUCAAAACUGAAUCAAUUGUCGAGCUAUUUGUGGGAUCUGCAGGGAAAUCAACAAGUCCUAAAAUAGAUUUGCGAUGACAGAAGGUUGUGAUGGCGGGGGGUGGUUGCCUUCAACGAGAAGUCCUAGAACAGAUCUGCGAGGAGGGCUUGCGGGUUGUGUUCAAUGACUGUCUUCAACGAGAAGACCUGGAAUAGAUCUAUGACAGCGUAAGGUAAUGGCCAUUAUUGCAGAUUUAUGCUCAUGUACCUUUACGCCCCUACUGUAUCUCUCCGACCUCCUAUUGCACUAAAUACUGCAACUCUUACUAAGUUUUUCUACAAUUGUCCUGAAAAUGCAUUCUAGGUUGCUCUGUUUGGAACAUCAUUUUCAUUGUUGCAGAGAUUUGGUGCUAUAGCAGUAAGAAACUUGAAUCCUAAUUUAAGAUAAGUUUAAAAUUACCCAACGAUAAGUGUUGAUUGUUCUGAAUUUCUUAAUGGCUUUGGGUAACUUUCAGCGAAAUGGGGCAAAACUCUUUGCAGUAGGCACCACUUCUUCUAUGGAAACAAAUAGAUUUGGAGUGAGUAAAUCUUGAAGGACGUA